CAUAAAACAGAGAGGGACAAGCAGUGGGAAUACUUCCUGUUUGCCUCAGAACUUGUUUGCCUCAGAACAGGUUUGUGCUGUGGCUGAGGGAUAAGCAUUUCUACGUAAAGGGACAACAGACAACCAACAUUUGUUCUCAGUGACAAAAUGGAUUCUUUCAAAGGACCUUGCCCUCAUCAGAGUGUUCCUGUUGAGAUGGAUGAGAGCAUGACAUCCUCCAGUCUGGACUUGGCCUGGCCUCCUACUUGCCAGCAGUGUAAUGGACAUACAGAGACCAGCAAAAGGCAGCAGGACCAGAGGUGUGAGCGAACUGGGGGGGUAGACCAGUGGAGACUCUUUGAGGACCGUUACCAGCAUGACCCCAGAGCUGCCUGUCGUGCUGUCCCUGAACCUUCCUUCGUCCCCCGAACACAUCCAGGACAGAUGAGACCCCCUAACCCUUCAGGUGUUUGGCCACAUGGUUACAGAGAGCCCCUAUAUGUACAGCCCCCCCCGGUUGUUGACCACAGUAGAGGCUUUGCAGGCCCUUCAAACUGGCCACAGGACCGCUCUGUGGAGGAGGCAGAAUACUUGGAGCCCCCUCUCCCGCUUAUGUCUAACAACUACAACCCCCAUAUCCCUUCACGAUACUCAGCUGCAUGUAUGCCUGCUCAGUGCCCUGACCCAGUGAAGGGGAGUUGUCUCAGACAAUGUGCAUGUCACCUGCCAGCAAAUCCACCCCGUCGCAAUUAUAAUUAUUGUCAUUAUAAGCAUGAUUACCCAGUGGAUCCACACCAGAAGCCUCAACAAUACCAACAGUCCUGGAAUACCCCCCAAAGUAGGCUGCAACCAAAAGAUGCUCCAAAUGUCCCACAUGCCUCUGUGCCUCAGUGUGUUGUGCCUGCUAGGGAUGUGAUGCAUGAGGUCAGUGUGAAUUACUCCUUCCAGGCAGAUCCAGGACCAGCCACAGGGGAGAUCAGGAGGACCAUCAGUCUCCCUGAGGAGUGCAGGAAUAUUUUCAUCACAUACUCAGUGGACACAGCCAGAGAAAUGAUUCCUUUCUCCAAAUUUCUGAGUGAUCAGGGAUUCAAACCAGUUAUUGACAUUUUUCAUAAUACAAUCCGAGGAAUGGGCAUCACCAAAUGGAUGGACAGAUAUUUGAAUGAUAAAUCAGUGCUCAUCAUCGUGGUCAUCAGCCCCAAGUACAAGGAGGACGUGGAGGGAGAUGGUGAUGACGACCAUGGACUGCACACCAAGUACAUUCACAAUCAGAUCCAAAAUGAGUUCAUCCAACAAGGCUGUCUGAACUUCAGACUUGUACCUGUGUUGUUUCCCAAUGCAACCAAGAAACAUGUCCCCAACUGGCUCCAGAGCACCAGGAUCUACCGCUGGCCCCAUGACACCGAGGACCUGCUGCUGCGUCUGCUCAGGGAGGAGCGCUACAUCAUUCCACAGAGGGGAGCUGACCUCACCCUUACUGUUCGUCCACUCUGAAAAAAAAAACAAAAAAACAUAACGUGGGGAAAAAUGUGAUGUUAAGGAAAAGACUUAUUUUGUCAAAAACUACAAACAUGUAGGUAUGUCUUUGUUUCAGAUACGUUGAUGAGGACUGUUACUACAGCAGAUCAGUUUGAAAGGAUUUUCCGGUUGUUCCUUCCAUAUAUACAGUCAAUGAUUCAGACACAGAUUUGCUGUUUAUUCUGCUGAUUCAUAAUGCAUUUUCAACUAUUUCAUUAGAAUCAACUUGAUACAUUUAAAAAAGAUUUAACACAUAAAUUUAAGAUUAAAUUUGCUCUGACAGCUACAGUAUUAUUGGCCGGCUGUUACAUGUUGGCUGGUGUUGUGUGUAGUGUCCUGUCAAUCAGAGUUCUUGCUGCUGCUGUAUGGGUUGGUCUUACUUACAUUUUUACUGCUGACACAUUUUAAGUUAAAGCUGCAUAAAUUGUUUUUUGGGUUUUGUUUCUGCCACUUGGGGGUAUCUGAACAAGAGUUAACACAACAUCUGACAUAUAAUCUCUUUAUAAGGUUGAUAUGGCGAACAUGUUAACAGUUACCUAUUUACACUUCAAGCAGAAACAGAGCAACAUUAGCAUUCAUUUAGAGUUGUGUUUCUGUCCACCUGCUGAACAUUAUUCACUCUCAUUUUAACUCUGUUUUGCUGUCCAACAGUAUCUGAAAAUAAAACAAAUGGCUUUUUACCUCCACUAUGCUGCUCCACUAUGUUCACCAGCUAGUUGCUAACUUUUUCUGCCAUUAGUGUUGGGAAGGUAGUUUACAGUGGUUGUUGUCUGAGCUAGUUACCUGCUUUUGCUGGUAUUGAGUUGAUGAGUGAAAUUUGUGGUCCAAAAAAAAAAGGAAAAAAAAAUAGCUAGAAGUGGGUAAAUGGCUCCAUAACUACUGAGUUGGUGAUAAUUCUGUGUGGGUUUGUGGCUACAAGUAACCUCUUUUAAAUGUAUAGUCAUUUGAUUCACUUCACAUAAACAAGACCAACAGUUCACAGCUAGCAGCUCUGUGAGGCUGUAAUUAGGUUCAGUGUUGCUUUUUGCUAGCUUAAAUGCCGAUGUUUACAUGCUAACAUGAUGAUGUUGAGCAGGUAUAAUGAUCACCACAUUCACCAUCUUAGUUUACCAUUUUAGCAUGCUAACAUUUGCUAAUUAGCUGCAUUAAACACAUAGUACA